CUCCCUUCGAUGGCGCCCCGCUCGCGCUGCUGCUCGCGCUCCUGCGACCGGCACGCCUGGCGCGUCCGCCCCUGCCGAGUACCGCUCCCAGAAGCUCCCCUGACCCUGCACGCGGCGCUUCGUGUGGCGCUGCGCUGUAGCGACGCGACCGGGCUCGCGGCCGCCCUCGAGGUGGUCAGCCAGCACUGGGAGCGGGAGGGUGGGUUCACGCUUACGCCCGAGGCUGCGUCGCGCAGCGGCGGGCUCUGGCUUCUGAGCCCGGCUGACAUUGCCGCAAGGCGGCGGCACUCGCAGCGCGGCGGUAACAGCGAGCCAUACGACGCUCCGCCAUACGCGUUUGAGGUUUCGCCGCACGACGGCGGCGGCGCGGUUGCCGACGAGAAGGCUGGCGGUGGAGCCGGCACCGCGGCCGUCGCGACGGAGGGCUGGCGCGCCGCGGGUCAGAGCGGGCGGGUGACGGGCCAGCUCAGCCGCGUGCGCUGGCCCGAGGGCGGAGAUGGGGUGCCUGCUGCCGCCGCACGACUGCUUGCUGCUCGGACGUGCUUCGUCCUGGAGGGAGCGAGGCUGUGGCCCGCCGCACAGGACAAGUGGGGCGAGCCCGCCUACCUCGCCGAAGGCCUCGGCGAGGUGAGCUGCCACGUGCUGUCUGCGCCCGCGCAGACCAAGGAGUUUGCCUACUUCUUGCCCGGCCGCAAUCCCGUGGGUGGUGCGGUAGGCGUGCCGACUCUCGCGCCGACGCCGCGGCUCGGCGCCGCCAUGGCUGCCGACCUCUCCUCGCUGCGGCUCGCGCGGCUACGCGCGCUCGAGGCUGCCGCGAGGGUCGGGGCGUGGACUGUCUGCCAGCUGCUCCACUUUGACCAGUACGACAACUUUUACCUGCAGCUCGCGGGUACAAAGACCUUCCGCCUCUUCGACCCCAGCCAGAGCGGCAGGCUGGCGCCCUACCCGGCGCUUCCGCCGCGCUGCGACGACGCGCGCGGCGUCGAGGUGACGCUGCAGCCGGGCGACCUCCUGUACCCUACCUCCAGAGUGACGACCGGUCCCGUCCCCGCCGGCGCGCUCGCUGUCUCGCUCAACUUUUGGUACUCGGCCAUGCAGCAGAUCCUCUCUCCCGAGUGGCCGCUCGGUCCGCCCCUGCGCGUCGAGCUCGCGCGCCAGCUCGAGUACCUCGUCGCAGACAGCUUUGGCGACGCCGGCCGCGCGGUGCCCGCAUUCUUCCGCGGGCUGCGCGCGCAGGUGGCCGCCUGA